AUGAGCCGCAACUUGAGAACUAGCGUCAUUUUUCCCUCCGCUGCAGCGUGUAAGGCCAUUCGCGUUCGGAGCUGUCUUCUGGUUUCUCCAACGUAGUUGCUUUGUCCGCAACCUCACUAGACCCGAUAAACGACUGCAGACGUUUCUUUCGUGGCAGUGGGUAUUUCGGUUUCAUUAAUUGAUGCCUGAUGAUUGCCUGCGGUCUGUGUGCAACUUCAAUCCCAAGUGAUGCGAGAAGGCGACCGACAGCUUCCGAAAGGUUGCGGAAGCGCUCGGCAAAAUGUGGUGUCCAUGCAGUUAGGCCUUGUGUGGUGAGGUACCGGACUGAUUUACCUUUGACAAUUUAGUCCCAUUUUCUUUGACCGGGUUGCUUGUUUGAAUGUGACGAAAAACGACACACCUGUACUGCCCGCCUUGCUAGCGUGCUCCGCUGUCGUGCUCUAUUGUCAGGUUUCUUAACGUUCAAAAUCUCUGUAUUAUUCACUACUCAGUUUUACUUGCUGCCUUUAAGACUAGGGGCUCGUGAGAGAUAACUCGUUAGUUCGUGAGAACAUUACUAUUUACGUCAUUGGAGACCCCGACAUUAACGCAGACUUUACACCUUUCUAUGUCAUACUGAAUAACAUUUAACGUACUACUUGUUUAUGAAUUUCUAUUUCAUUUUCAUUUACUUUCCUCACGAAUUCUGAUUUUUUACCAUCGCUGUCUUAUUAUGUCUCCCUCUAACCAACCACUUGAUGCCCCGCCCAGUCCCUUCAUGCCAUCCGUUUUACGUCGCCUGAAUUCUGGCAACACGCUCCAAAACUUUAUUUCCUCCGCAUCGAAUCAGUCUUUUUUUCUGAUAACGUUACCAAGGAGCUGGCGAAAUACCACGAAUGUGUGGAGGUUCUCCCCGCUAGUGUUAUCUUUCAAGUUCAGUCCUUGCUAGCUAAUCCUCCUGCUGAUGCUCCCUAUACCAUGUUAAAGGCAGAAAUUCUUCGACCUAAUUCCGUGUCCGACCGACAGCGGUAUCACCAGUUACUUAAGAAGGAGUCGCUGGAUGACCGGAAGCCCUCAGAGCUACGUCGAAUGCGUUCUCUCCCUGGACAUGCAAUUUGACGAUAAAUUCGUCAAUGAGAUGUUCCUAGAGCGUCUGCUCGCAAAUGUCCAAACGAUCCUGACGUCCGGCUCUCAAGAUUUUACGGUCUCACGGAUGGCGGAUCGAAUGACUGAGGUGAAGCGGUUCCAGUCAGCUUCCGUUGCCCAAAUCUCAUCCUCAUCGUCAGCUAAUGAACAUUCAAGGAAACAGGUGUCGGCCAUGGCGGAUGAGAUGGGCUCCCUUAAAAUAUAGUUCGCCCACCUUACUUCCAGUCGCUCACGCAGCCGUCGUCGUUCUCGUUUGCGACCUCAGACUGCCGAUGCUUGUUGUUAUCACACUAAUUUCGGCGUAACGGCCCGUUGCUGUUCCUCAUCCUGCUCUUUUAAGCCGAAGCAGGGAAACCAGGCAGCCGGAGAAUAGAUGCGACCGUUUUCUCUGGCUCUUCCGGCUCUGGUCACAUCUUCAAUGUUUGCGACACUGCGACUCGCAGACGUUUCCUGGUGGACACUGAAGCCCAAAUCAGCGUUGUUCAUCCAACUGCCGUUGAUUGUCGUUUCCCUAGCCCUGGUCUUCACCUGCAAGCUGCCGACUGUUACCCCAUUCCCACUUUUGGCAGUCUGUCCCUCACUCUGAACAUUGGCCUUCGUCGCUCAUUCACUUGGAUCUUUGUCAUUGCUGAUGUCCCUCAUGCAAUCUUCGGCUCGGACCUUCAUGCCGAGUUCGAUCUCCUUGUUGACUGCCGAUGUGCCCGUCUCCUCGACAGCACAACCGGUCUGUUUGUUCGUGGACUAACUCCCUUUAUUGUCCCCAUCAACUUAUCUGUCUUGGAUACGGAUAUUGCUAGCCCCUAUCAGCAACUACUUCUUAGUCAACCCAACAUAAUUAACCCCCCAGUUUUUCAGUGGUGAGGUUCAGCAUGAUGUUGUGCACCACAUCUGCACCUCAGGUCCUACCGUGUUUGCUCGACUGGGACGACUAGCACCGGAGCGUUUCCAGGCCGCGAAGGCGGAGUUUGAACACAUGCUGCAACUGGGAAUAAUUCGACCGUCCGAGAGCCCUUGGGCGUGCCCACUGCACAUGGUGCUCAAGGCGAUGUCAGGCGACUGA